AUGGCGGCGGCGGCGGCAGCCCCGGGCCCCGGCGCAGGCGCGGGGGUCCCGGGCGCGGGUGGUGGCGGCGGGGCGCGCGAGGGCGCGCGGGUGGCGGCGCUGUGUCUUCUAUGGUACGCGCUGAGCGCGGGCGGUAACGUGGUCAAUAAGGUGAUUCUGAGCGCCUUCCCGUUCCCGGUCACCGUGUCGCUGUGCCACAUCCUAGCCCUGUGCGCGGGGCUGCCGCCACUGCUGCGCGCCUGGCGCGUGCCGCCCGCGCCGCCGGUGUCGGGACCCGGCCCCGGCCCGCAUCCGGCGUCUGGCCCGCUGCUGCCGCCGCGCUUCUAUCCGCGUUACGUGCUGCCGCUUGCCUUUGGCAAGUACUUCGCGUCGGUGUCGGCGCACGUCAGCAUCUGGAAGGUGCCGGUCUCCUAUGCGCACACCGUCAAGGCCACCAUGCCCAUCUGGGUGGUCCUCCUGUCCCGGAUCAUCAUGAAGGAGAAACAGAGCACCAAGGUAUACCUGUCACUGGUCCCCAUCAUCAGCGGAGUCUUGCUAGCCACUGUCACAGAGCUGUCCUUCGACGUGUGGGGGCUGGUCAGCGCCCUGGCAGCCACGCUGUGCUUCUCUCUUCAGAACAUCUUCUCCAAAAAGGUGUUGAGGGACUCCAGGAUCCACCACCUGCGGCUGCUCAACAUCCUGGGCUGCCACGCCGUGUUCUUCAUGAUCCCCACGUGGGUUCUGGUGGACCUGUCCACCUUCCUGGUCAGCAGUGACCUGGCCUAUGUGUCUCAGUGGCCCUGGACACUACUGCUCUUGGCAGUUAGUGGCUUCUGCAACUUUGCACAGAAUGUUAUCGCCUUCAGCAUUCUCAACCUCAUCAGCCCACUUAGCUACUCAGUGGCCAACGCCACCAAGAGGAUCAUGGUCAUCACUGUGUCCCUCAUCAUGCUGCGCAACCCUGUGACCAGCACCAAUGUGCUGGGCAUGAUGACUGCCAUUCUGGGUGUCUUCCUGUACAACAAGACCAAGUAUGAUGCAAACCAGCAGGCCCGGCGCCAUCUCCUUCCCAUCUCCACUUCAGACCUGAGCAGCAGAGAACACUUGCGGAGCCCAAUGGAAAAGCCCCACAAUGGUGCACUGUUCCCCCAGCAGGGUGACUUCCAGUACCGAAAUAUCCUCCUCACAGACCACUUCCAGUAUGGCCGCCAGGGCCACCCAAACUCCUAUGCUCUCAGCCGACAUGAUGUGUAGGCCAGGUCAGGCCUUCUGCACCCCUUUCUUGAGCCCAGCAGCUUCAGGAUAUUCUGGCAGCCUGACUGAGCAUAUGAUACAUGGCAGGCCAUCAGGGGAGCUCUGGGUCCUGGUCCCUGAUGGGCUGCAGGGUGCGACCAUAGCAUGGACAACGACAAGCUUGGGGCAGAAAAAGAGCAACAGAGAGACCCUGGCUUAUGCCUCUGCUGAGAGACCACGCCACAUUUGUGCACAGGGUUGCCCCUGGCAUAUUGCAGAGGUCUGGUCUGAACUUCUGGUGAAAGUAGGGAGUCUUGAAGAAGUGGCAUUUCUGUGGCUGCAAUCCUGGAAGCCCACAGGAGGUGGCAUCUGGGACAUCAUAGCCCAGAGGGAUGGAGGGCUCACAUGGGUGACAUUACUGCCCCCACCAAUGCUACAGAGCUCCAGAAUGCCCCAAGGCAGUUGGCCACUUGGAGCUAGUGCUGUCCAGGGGCAGACCUACAGUGACCAUCAGCCCAUCAGCUGUGACCCUCUGCCAUGUGGGUGCCAAAGCAGGACAUAGCCCUUGGCCUGGGGGGGCCCUUGGACUCCAGAGGAGGAGCUUGGCUGCCCCCCACCCUUCUGAUGGCACAGGCCAGGUGGUGGCGAUGGCAGUUCCCUCAGAACCUAAGUUUCUCUGGGGAGCAUCUCGUCAGCCAUGGGAGCUUUGGUGCCUGGGUCCCAUCAUGCACCACACCAUGGCUAAUCAGCAGGUGGAAACCAUCUUGUCGCAUUUCAAAAUAUGGGAUGUUUGUUGCUGGAGCCAGUCCCUCCCAGCUCAGUGGUAGCAGGCAAUGUCGGCUAAAGCUGCAGCCAAAGGAGCAGGAGGAGGUAUUCACACUCGAGUACAGUGUUACUUGUUAGUAAGGCCACAUGUGUGUCAGGAUUUGAACUUUGUCCCACUAAACAGGACACCAGGCAGGUCUACCUGGUCUUUCGGUUAAGAGGCUGGGUUGGUAGAAUGUCUGGCCAGCAUGUGUGCAGCCUUAGCUUCUGUCCACAGAAGGCCACACAGUGGUGCAACCUGCCUUCCCAGCACUCUGGAGGCAUAUUUUGGAGGACAAGGGCCUCAUCUACAUAGUAGAUUCUGACCAGCCUGGGCUACAAUGAAAGGCUGUCUCAGGAAAAUGAUAAGUUUAGGGACCUGCCCUAGUGGCACAUAUCUAGGGUCUAAGGCAGCAAGAUGGCCAUGAGUUUGAAGUCAGUCUGGGCUACAUAAUCAGGCUCAUUAUGAAAAACAAGGUUUAGGGGUUCAUCCUGGUGGCCCCUGCCUAUGGUCUUAGGUACUCAUGAAGCAGAAGUAGGAGGCUUUCUGAAGCCUGUGAGCUCAAGGUCAGUGUGGCAAUUCAAGGAGAACCUGUUGGUAAGCAGAAGUGGCACAGCAGGUAAAUGGUAGGGAGGGGGCACCAGGCUUAGCUUGGGGCAUCAAUGGGUCUCACAAUAUAGACCAGGCUAGCCUUGAACUCUUGGGAUAUACCUGCCUCUGCCUCCUGAGUGCUCAAAUUCUUUAAAAGCACGGGCACUGUAGCCGGAUGGAGUCGCCCCCACUAAGCCUCCCAGGCUGACCUUUAACUCUUAGCAUUUGUGCCUCCUCCAUCACUAAAAACUGAGCUCACAGGUAUGUCAUGGCACCCCAGUCCCUAACUCCUGAUUGGUUGGGUCCCUCUGCUUUUGAUUACUUGGGAGUUUUAUAUUGAAGGUUAGUUUAUUACUUAGCCUCCUGUUUGCCUGAGACAUGGCAACCCCAGCCUCUGGACAGUGCCAUCUGCCUUGCUCACUGGUUUGUAGGAGCACUUUGGUAAGGUCUUCUGUUGGGUUUUCCUCACUGGGGAAAACUGGCCUGAGACACUUGGCACUGUGGAGGUCUCUCUGAGUGACUCUGACUCAGUCUGAACUCAGAAUGAAUUAUGUCUUUUUGGAUUACCAAGAUGUUCCUGUAAUUUGUGUAGUGUUUUUCAUUUUCUGGGGAACAAAAUGCCCACCUCACUUUUCUUAAUGGUUUAUGAGUUAAUGAAUGGGAUCCUUUGUUCUGUUCAGAGGCUCACAGCAGGUUUGAACACUGGAAUGGAUGAGACAAUCAGGAUAGACCAGAUUCUCAGAUCAAAAGACAAACAGUUGGGGCUGCAGCUCUGGCUACAGUGCUCACCUGCAUCCAUGAAGUCCUGGCCACUCUCAGUACCACAUAGUGUGGCAGUGCACAUCUGUUACCCCAGUACUCAGGAGGCUGAGGCAGUUAGGAUCAAGACUUCUGUGUAAUGUCUGGCUACAUAGUGAAUUGGAAGCCAGCCUGGGCUAUAUGAGAAAACAAAACAGACUUGAUCCACAAUUCACCUCCAUCCAUUCAAAGUCGGGUCAGCCCUACUCCCAUGUCCUGCCCCUACUACAUUCACCUCCCUCUGCAGGUCUGAUCCAAUCCACCUCUUAAGGUUCGUCUGAGAAUUUAUGUUGCUGUCCCCACAUACCCUUUGAAGUGGCUUAGCCAAAACACAGAUCCUGAUCUAACCAGCUCCUUCAUUUUACAGAAGGGGAAACUGAGGCUUAAAGUGGUGAAUGUCUGUUCACUAUUAGAGCACUUGGGGCUUUUAGUUAUUUAUUUCUCUAAGAUAUCUGCCUAUUUAGCUCAGGCUGGCCAUAGAAUAGAAGGCACUCCUCCAGCCUUAGCCUAUGUGCCUGGAGGAACUGCCAUAGCCAGCACCUUACUUUGUAUCAUUUACUCUAGGGAAACCCUUGACAGAGGAUAGGAGCCAGAUGAAUUGAGGCAGGAGAGCACUUGAAACUUGAUUUCUCUGUGUAUUGGGAGGACUCUGAGCAGUGGGCUCUUCAUGGCCAGACCCCAAGCCCCAAAUCCUCAGGUCUGAAACAGGAAACCUGUCAUGUUCUUGCUUUUCCAUCUUCGUCAUCCUGAGGCUCCUAUGUCAAACUCUCCUAUGGGAGUAAGCUGUGUUCCUGGUUGGCAUUUACCAAAAAUAAAUGAUGGUCUCCAGGGGCUUGAA